UUAAGAAUAAUAUUGGACAGAUCAUGGGCAACAAGUUAAGUUCUGCAUUAUCAAAUAAGUUUUCAAAACAUCCUGGUAGUGCACAUAGUAAAAGAGGAACCAAAAGAAAACUUGAAAUUGAAGCAGAUAAAGCAGACAGUGAAGAGAAAGUAGAGGGACAGUCAGAGAGCCCCUCUCCAGAAAAGUCGGAACUUGAAGUUGGCUUAGCUCCACUGUCGGACAUUCAUACACCGAAAAGAAAGCGACUCAAAUCAACAUCAAAGUACAUUUAUCAGACAUUAUUUCUUGAUGGAGAAAAUAGUGAUAUCAAAAUAUACGCACUUGGACAAGAAUGGAAACUUCACAAAAUAUAUCUCUCUCAGUCUCCUUACUUUGCUUGCAUGUUCAAUGGUUCCUGGCGGGAGUCAUUGCUGUCAGAAAUAGAGUUACAGAUCCCUGACCCAGCCAUAGACACUGCAGCUCUGAAGACAGCCUUUGGUUCCCUCUACAGAGAUUAUGUGUUUAUCAAGCCUGUGGAGGUGAUAGGGGUCCUAGCAGCAGCAUUUCUCCUACAGCUGGAUGGUUUGAAGCAGCAGUGCCUGACUUUGAUGAGUAACACCAUAAGUGGAGACACGGUGUGUAGCUAUCAUGAAGCCUGCUGUAGAUAUAAUGUGGAGAACUUAAAGACAGAAUGUUAUAACUGGCUCCUGACCAACAUCCUGACCUCAACCGACCUUGACCUCUUCAAACAGAUCAGUGUUGACAUGAUGAAAAACUUAGUAGGGGAUCCUAGAUUGUUUGUUAUGCAGGUAGAAAUGGAUGUAUACUCAGUACUUAAAAGGUGGAUAUUUCUGAAAGAGAAUCCAACUUGGUGUGGAGACUACAAGUCAUUGCUCUCCUUCAUUGAUGAAUUUUUUAAAAGAGCCGGUGAACCAGACUGCUUUCUUGAAUCAGCUCCAGGUCAGAAGUACUUACCAGCGUUCAGUCAUAUAAGAUGGCAGCAUAUUGCAAUAGAUCUGGACUCACUGCUAAUAUUAGAACAGGACAGGAUAAUCAAUCUGGAGUGGAUAAAGCCUUUAUAUCAUGGCAUGUGGAGAAAGAUGUUGAAAUUAGAACAAUCAAAGGACAAAGGUCCUGAGGAAAUACCUGAUGAAAAUCAUUUUAAUCAAACCUCCUUAAGGUGCGGAAGACUCCUCAAAUGUGAAGGAGAGUACUGUUGGCGAUGGGUUGGUUAUAAUUAUGGAGUAGACAUUUUACUCACCUAUGUUAACAACCUGAUCUUCAUCAAACGAAAUACUCUCAGCCAACCCAAUCCUCACUCAGCAAGCCUGGAAAAAGUCAGAAAUUUGGCCUACAGGCUGACUGUGGCCUCUGUGGACAAAGAUGGAAAAGUCACAGAGACAAAAACUACAGAGAUCCAGAAACUGUCCCUGCAUAAAGAUGAGGAAAUGCUAGCAUUGACCGUCACGAAGGCAUUCACAUUCCCUCUAUACCUGAGUAUGAACAUCUUACUAACCGGACAGGUGUCGUCACAACCAGACCAUAUCGAUAUCUGUACCGUGGCACAGUCCAGAAAACUACAGCACAACUCAUCCCAGACAUGUCACGUGAUAACGUGUAAUGCUGAGUCUCAGACAGAGAACACGGAGGAUAAGACCAACAAAUCGCUGAUACAGGACGUGUCCUUGUCCAGUUCUACAAUAAAACUCUGCAAUAAAGAGAAAGUGGUCAGUGAUCCUGGAAAUACGAAGAAAAAGCUCUCUAUUAUCAACCAAAAAUCCAGAAGUAAUGACAGUAAUCUGCCAAGCUCAUCAGCCACAGUCGAACUUUUAUCAUCGACGACUUCUCAAGCAAACGAAGCCGAAAAUACGUCCAAAGACUCUAUACAUUCAGCAUCUGUAAGUAAUGAGAAGCGUGCUUUAAGGUAUCCUGAGGAAGAAUUCAUCUUAUAAUGGGUAAAGGCAUCAUGUGACCCGCAAAUAAGAGACAAUUUGAAUUUUUGAGACCAUUAUUGUUUACUAUUGAACUGAUAUACACGGGUAGGACUAUUUAUAUCGAGGUCAGGAAGAUAUAUAGUUAAAGUGCUUCAUAGUGUUUAUCAAAAUUUAAAAUUAACAUAUGUUUAUUUAUGUGAAAGUCAUUUCAGUAUGGUAGAUGUGAAAGCUAAAACGCACAUGCCUUAGUUGUUUAAAAUGGAUACCUCAGAAGUAAAAACCAUUUUCACUUUAUCUUGGUUUAAGUUUUCAUAUUAUGUAGUACGCUCUUAAGGACAGAAAUCAGUCCAAAAGUUCAACUUAUUCCCUCUCUAAGGCACGUACUCAUUGAUUAAUGUGUAUGUCCAUGAUAAGAUUGUGUCAGUUUAAGAUCCCCUCUAAGGACAGGCGCACAUCAGAAAAAAAAGUUACUUAAGGUCUAAAUAAAUGUAUUGCAAUUUCUUAGAUGAGUGUUGGGUUGUUAGAUGGAUUAAAAAUACAUAAUUUGGAUUAAAAAUACAAUUUUGAACACAUUUUCUUGAUAUUUAAAGAAUUUUUAACUAAGGUAGAUUCAAUUUCUUUUGAAAAUUAUGAUUGUAGUUGUAAAAGUUGGUUUUCACCUAAUUGAAGUAUGAGUUGUUAGUAUAGUAGAUGGAACGAUGUAGUUAAAAAAAAUGAGGAUGAAUUCAUAGAUUACAUGUUAAUCUGGCAAGGGAAAUGCUAAUAUAUAUAUGUACGAUAAAUCAUAAAAGUUGAACGGGAAAAAGCAUCUGAGUGUAGCAGUAUUUAAAAGUGACAGUGUUAAUUCUCAAAAGAAACAAAGAAAUGUCACUCAAGUGAUUGUUCAGUAGAGCUUUACAAGAAAGGGUAUAAUGUAUAUAAAUAAUAAUUGGAAAAAAAUAUUUACAUUUUAAAUGUUAUAUGAGUUACUGAGUGAAUACAUAUAAAACAAGUGCCUGAAUGAAUAAUUAGAAAAGUGCUCAGAUGUCUAUUGAUGUGUCUUGUAUUACUGAUAUUGAAUAAAAUUUUAAAGUGUCAGAAUGAAUGAUUAAAUAUUAUCCAGAAUAAAAUUAAAGAAGAAAUAAAAUAAAUGGCAAAAGCACAAAA